GGAACAAUCAAUCAAUACACCUAUCGAGACCCAUUACUUCAGAUCAAAACCGUACCCCGAGUCCUCCUUGUCCUUCCAGUACCCCCAGUCCUCCUGGUCCUCCCAGUACCCCCAGUCCUCCUGGUCCUCCCAGUACACCCAGUCCUCCUAGUCCCCCCAGUCUUCCCAGUUGUUCCAGCCCCACAAACAGUGGCCAGAUGCUGCCGGCCUCCAUCCAGAUCACUGGGGAGAUGUUGUCGGCGGCCGAGGUUCAGGACAUCUGUGAGAGUCUAAACGAGGAUGGCGUCCGCCUGUUGUCUGUUCGUGGCUGUCAGCUGUCAGACCGGGACUUUGGACGGGUCUGCCGCAGCGUUGCCGAGUCGCACUCUCUGGCUCAACUCAACCUGAAUCUGGGUGUGGUCUCUAGCAUCAGCCGCACACGUCACCUGGCAGACGCUCUGAAGACCAACCGGUCUCUGCAGACCCUGUUCCUUCAUGGUAGCCCACUACUGGACGCAGGCCUGGUAACCUUGAACCCAGCUCUGUCCACCCACCCGGCCCUGGUUUGUCUGGAUCUGGGAGACUGCAUGCUGGGAGACGAGGCGCUGGCUCUGAUCUGUGGCAUGCUGCCGCCGGAUGGAGCCAAGUCUGGUCUGAGGGAGCUGACUCUAAGCGCCAACCCAAGAAUCAGCUCCAAAGGCUGGGCUCGGCUCUCCAUUGCAGUGGCUCACAGCUCACAGCUCCGGGUUCUGAACCUGGACUACAACCCACUGGGUGAUCAAAUUGCAGCCAUGCUGGCUGUCUCCGUGGCAUCUAGCAGAACACUGGAGGUUCUGGACUUAGAAGGAACUGGAUUGACCAACCAGUCAGCACAGGUGUUUCUGGACAUGGUGGCGAACUACCCAACCAGCCUGCGGAUUUUGGUUUUGGCAGAGAACGCCAUCAGUCCAGAGCUGCAACAGCAGAUCAACGACCUGCUGUCCGAAGGAGAGGAGGACGACAGAGAGGCUCCGCCCCUGCUGCGAGGCCCUGCUUACAGCAAUGCUCUCCAUCCAAUCAGAGACAAAUACCAGCCCCCCACCUGGCUCACAUGCAGCAAUUCCGGACCCCAGAUGGUCAUGUUGACGUCAGGUCUAGGUGAGAGCCUAUUGGCUGAGACUGAGAUGUGACUCUUCCCACACUGAC